AUGACUGCUAAAACACCAUGUCCAAGAGUUAUAUUCAUCCGUCAUGGACAAACAGAAUGGUCAAAAUCAGGUCAACAUACUUCAAGAACAGAUAUUCCUUUAACUGAAUUUGGAAUAAAACAAAUGAGAAAUACAGGGAAAGCAUUAAUUGGAAAUAGUCCGUUAAAUAUGAUAAAACCCCAAAAUUUAACUCAUAUUUUCGUAAGUCCAAGAAAAAGAGCUCAACAAACAUGUGAAUUAAUUUUGGAAAGUUUAGAUGAAAAUUGCAAAAAUUUAUUAAAAAUUGAAACUGACCAAAAUAUAAGAGAAUGGGAAUACGGUGAUUAUGAAGGGUUGAAAACUCAAGAAAUUAGAGAUUCAAGACAUAAGCGUAAAAUUGACCCACCUACUAGAACUUGGAAUAUAUGGAGAGAUGGCUGUGAAAAUGGUGAAAAUUAUUUAGAUGUUACUGAAAGAUUAGAUGAAUUUAUUAAAAAGAUACAAGCAAUUCAUGCUAAGUCAUUGGAGGAAGAUAAACCAAGUGAUGUUAUUGUCAUUGCUCAUGGUCAUAUUCUUAGAUGUUUAGUUACUAGAUGGGUUAGAAAAGAAUUAAAUAAAGAUCCAAUGUUGAUGAUUGAUGCUGGUGGGGUUGGUGUUUUAUCUUAUCAACAUCAUAAUGUUGAUGAACCUUCAAUUUAUUUGGCUGGUGCUUUUACUGUUCCUGUUGAAGAAGAAGGUGCAGAUGUAUAG